AUGGGUCAUGAUAAUCUAUAUUUGCUUGACACAAUAGCUACCUAUGGCGAAUUAUUGAAUAUGAAAUCAUGUGGUACUAAGCGUAAAAUUGAUGAUAACAAUUCAGGAGCAUUAUGGUAUAAACGUCUAGGUCACAUCUCUAAAAAUAGAGUUGAGCGACUGGUGUCAGAUGGAAUUUUAGAUUAUAUUGACUUCACAAAUUUUGAUGUUUGUGUUGAAUGCGUUAAAGGGCCUAAAAGAAAGCUUAGAAAUUUAAGAAAUGCAAAAGAUUCCUUAUGUGUCAGCAGUAGGGAGUCUGAUGUAUGCCAAAGUAUGUACGCGUCCAGAUAUUGCAUUCAUAGUUGGGAUGUUAAGCAGAUAUUUGAGCAAUCUAUGAAUGGAUCAAGCCAAAAAGGUUAUGGGGCAUUUAAGAGAAUAAAAGACUAUAUGCUCACAAAUAGGAGGUCUGACCAGUUAGAGAUUACUGGAUACUCUGACUUAGAUUUUGUUGGAUUCCAAGAUAGAAAAAGAUCCACUUCAGGCUAUAUAUACAUGUUGGCUGAUGAUGCAGUUUCUUGGCGCAGUGCCAAGCAAAGUCUUACGACUUCAUCCAUCAUGGCAACAUAG